AUGGCUGACCGCUCGCCAGCGGGCAAGGAGUUGGCGGUUCCACCUCGCGGCGACCCAGACCGGAGGCGAGUACUCGGCGUUCUAGCACAACGGAGAUAUCGCGAUCGCAAGAAACUAUCGCGAACGGCAAGGCGAGACUUCCCAAGUGUCACUGGCGCAUCUGCGCAGCAAGUUCAUCUAGAGACACCCAGAGGUGGCGGCGACGCUCCACUUGCAAGUGACAGCCUUCAAGCACGCACCUCCGUAUCCGGCGAUGCCCGUAACGUAGAUGAAUCGUCGUUGACUUGGACUGCCGGAGAAGAUGGCCUAAGCUCUGAUAUGAUGUUCGAUAGCGCUCUCUCAGGAGAGCUGCAGGACCUGCUAACAGAGACUUUUGAAUUUCCCGACGACAGAACCCUUGAAGUACCUGCUCUCAAAGUCAUGCGAGCCGCCGUCGAUGUGGCCACGAGACUCAACUGCCUACCAUUACUGUGGAAUCCAGCUUCAAUCCACAUCGUUGGCCCUACAGCUCCGUCGUCCUUUCCUCUACCCCAGCACUUCUUUCCCGUAUCUGCGCAGCUCACAAUCCCUCACCAUCCGCUGUUCGACAUAUUACCCUGGCCGACUGUCCGGACAAAGUUCAUCAAUGCUUUUGCGUUGCCAUCCGAGUUACGACCACCAUCUGCGAGAGACCCUCUUGCCCUUAUGCAUCUAGUGUACGAUAUGGAUGAUGAGAGGGAGGGAUGUCGGAUUUCCGGCUGUGAUGGGAUGGACGUGGCGGGCUGGGAAAUUGGGCAAAGGGUGUUUGAUAACUGGUGGUGGGCUUUGGAUCGUGAUGUACUUGCGCAGUCUAACCGUCUGCGAUACGCAAGAGGCGCGAGGUGUUUGACUUUGGGAUCAUCUGACUAG